UUUUUUUCUAUUCUACAAAAAAAAAUAGUUUAUUUGAACAAUAUCUAUUAUGUCCAAUCCCGAUCGUAAACGAAGAAGAGAUAGUAUCAAUCGACCUUCUGAUUUGGGUCAUGUCGAUUCACCUGGACCUUCAUCUUUUCCACCUUCAUCACCAGCACCUUUCUUUUCUGAAGCUGAUUUCCGAAACGAUGCUGAAGAAUUAGAAGAAGAGAACGACGAUGGUGAAGACCUUUUUGGAUCAGAUAUGGAAAGAGAUUACGCUGUCAAUCCUGAACAAGACGAAUAUGAAGACGUUGGUGUGGAUAAUGAAGAAUACGAUGCUUUGGAUAUUGCCUCUCGUCGUGCAGUCGAUGCUAAAUUAGGUCGCCGUGAUGCUGUUCUACAACGUCGUGAAGGUAGAAUGGCUGGUGCUCUUUUAGAUGGUUUAGACGAUGACGAACCUGAAUUUAAUGUGCCUAUGGGACGAAGACGACGUCAUUUAUAUGAUACUCAAGACCUUGCAGAAGAUGGAUCUGGCAUGGCCGAAUUGACUAUUGAAGAUCUAGCAAAUGUAAAAAGUACAACCAUUGGUGCUUGGAUCAAUCAAGAAGCUCCUAGACGUGCUGUUAAACGUGAAUUUAAGGAUUUUUUACAAACUUAUGUGGAUGAACAUGGUAUCUCUGUUUAUGGUGAAAGAAUUCGUGAUAUGGGUGAACGCAAUGGUGAAUCAUUUGAAGUGAAUUAUGAACAUUUAACUUUAAGCAAAGCCGUGAUCUCUUAUUUCCUUGCCAAUUCCCCAGUUGCAAUGCUCAAAAUUUUGGAUGAAGUGGCUCUUGAAGUAACAUUGAUGCAAUACCCUGAAUAUGAACGUAUCCACCGGGAUAUCCAUGUACGAAUCACUGAUCUACCAACUACCAGUACUCUCCGUGAACUUCGACAAAACCAACUCAAUUGUAUGAUCCGUGUUUCAGGUGUAGUUACUCGUCGUACUGGUGUGUUUCCUCAAUUGAAAUGGGUUAAAUAUAACUGUGGUAAAUGUAAUCAACUUUUGGGUCCAUUUUAUCAAGAUAUUCACAAUGAAAUCAAAAUUAAUACUUGUCCAAGUUGUCAAAGCAAAGGUCCAUUCAAUGUCAACAUGGAAGAGACUGUCUAUCGAAAUUAUCAAAAACUGACUAUUCAAGAAUGCCCUGGUACUGUUCCUCCUGGUCGUUUACCCCGUCACCGUGAAGUUAUUUGUCUUUGGGAUUUGAUUGAUAAAGCUAAGCCUGGUGAAGAAAUCGAAAUCACUGGUAUUUAUAGAAAUAAUUUUGAUGCUUCUUUAAGUACGAAGAAUGGAUUCCCUGUUUUUGCAACUAUCAUUGAAGCCAAUUAUAUCAAUAAAAAGGAAGAUAUGUUCUCUGCUUAUCGGUUAACAGAUGAUGAUAAGAAAAUUAUUACAACUAUGGGUAAGGAUAAACUUAUUGGGAAAAAGAUUAUCAAAAGUAUGGCUCCUUCCAUCUAUGGUCAUGAUGAUAUUAAGCGUGCAAUUGCUCUUUCCUUAUUUGGUGGUGUGUCAAAGAAUGUACAAGGCAAACACUCCAUUCGUGGUGAUAUCAAUAUAUUGAUGCUUGGUGAUCCUGGUACUGCUAAAUCUCAAUUCCUGAAAUAUGUUGAAAAAACUGCCCAUCGUGCAGUCUUCACUACUGGUCAAGGUGCAAGUGCUGUUGGUUUGACUGCCUCUGUUCAUAAGGAUCCUGUCACUCGUGAAUGGACUCUGGAAGGUGGUGCUCUUGUACUUGCUGAUCGUGGUGUCUGUUUAAUUGAUGAAUUCGACAAGAUGAAUGACGCUGAUAGAACAUCUAUUCACGAAGCUAUGGAACAGCAAUCUAUCUCUAUUUCAAAAGCUGGUAUCAUUACUACUCUUCAAGCUCGUUGCUCUAUUGUCGCUGCAGCCAAUCCAAUCCGUGGUCGUUACAAUGGAUCUAUUCCUUUUUCACAAAAUGUCGAAUUGACCGAACCUAUUCUCUCUCGUUUUGAUGUACUAUGUGUGGUAAAAGAUAUUGUGAAACCUGAACAAGAUUACGUAUUAGCUACGAAUGUCAUUGCCAGUCAUGUGCGAAGUCAUCCUCAACCUGAAGAAGAAGAUGAUGAAUUUGCUCAACCAACUGCUGAUGAUCCAGAUAUCAUUCCUCAAGAUCUCCUUCGCAAAUAUAUCAUGUACGCUCGUGAAAUGGUUCAUCCUCAAUUACAACAAGUCGACGAAGAUAAAUUAUCACGUCUAUACUCUGAAUUACGUCGGGAAUCAUUGGCUAGUGGAAGUAUUGCUAUUACAGUGCGUCAUUUGGAAUCCAUGAUUCGAUUAGCUGAAGCAAACGCGAAAAUGCAUCUACGAGAAUAUGUACGAUCGGAUGAUGUAGAUAUGGCGAUCCGGGUGACAUUGGAUAGUUUCAUCAGUGCACAAAAAUACAGCAUGAUGAAGGUUUUACGUAGGCGCUUCAGCAAAUAUAUCUACGAUGUGGACAAAUAAUCAAAAAGAAAGUUAGCCCUCAAAGUUUAAUUUGCUAGACAAAUACAUAUUCAUAAUACGUAAUUCCUUCUUAUAUUCAAAGCUAUUAAAAAAAACACAUAUACUCUUUGAAACCAACCCGUGGAAUCAUCAUCAAGCAUUUAUUAGUUUUUUUUUAUUUUUAUUUUUUCCUUUAUACAUAUUUUACCAUCAUUUUACAUUAUUCAUCCCCUUUUAUGAUCUUAUUCUACAUUAUGAAAUAAUAAAAAAAAACGAAGAAGAAUCAGUUAUCAUCCAUCGACUUUUUGUUGUUCAAACGUGGUGUGAUGAUCAUGAUUUCUGACAAAAG